CCAUACUUGAUACUUGUGCCCCCCUGAACCGCCUUCACGUAUGAACGAUCAUCAAUUGGCAGGGUUCCAGCCUUCGCGCUCCAGUAAGUGCAGCACGAUAUUCUUGGCAAGUCAUCCGGGAAACAACUUUUCGCAGGAUGUUGUCAACGACAUGUCUUACCUUAUAGUUCGCGAUAUUACUGCUUCAUUGUUGUAGCUGUAUGCAAAGCGUUUGAAUUUAUUUUCAGCCUUGUUUUAGAAAACAUGAGCAUCGCCCCCAGCGAUCAUGGACGAUCCUUGGGGCUCGCCUUGGGCAACAUCAGAUACCACGUCCAAACACCAAUCUCCGAUUCCAACACCGACACCGCCAAAAGAUCUACUCAGCCCACCACCAAGAGCUUUCUUCGGUAGCACCUCGAACCUUCAAGUGCAAUCACCAUGGGCAAAUGACGAUGGCUUCGGGGUUUGGGCUGGUGGUGCCGAGCAGACCGACACCACGGCGAACGCGUUGGAUUGGGGGGUAUGGGCAGAGCCAGCCUCGCGGAUUUCCCAGCCUAGCCCAAGACCCGAAUCGAUAAACAGGAGUUCAAUCGCGUUGCCGAGUAGUGCUGCGACCUCCCCGGGACUAAGACCUCUUCCGCGAUCUCGAGCUUCUUCCGUCUUCCGACAUCACUCCCCUGAUCCGUGGGCGGCCGAACUUUCAUUGCAAGACAAGAAACUUGAACCUCCAAUAGUCGAUUUGAAUGCGCUGGGCAUAGCCGUCGUAGAUGACCAGGCCGAAACACUUGAGACUCCUGCGCCGUCGACGCAAAGGAAAGAUGUUGUGGGAGUACUUGAGGCGAGCGUGGAGGGUACUCAAUCAAGGAAAGAGCGCAUAGAGCCGUUGGAUGAUGGGUUACAGGAACGUGAAUCGCCAUCAUUGGUAUCGAGUCCUCGAGAAUCCCGUGACUUAGAUGCGGACUCAGUGCCCAAGGUGGAGAUACACGAUAACCCGUCUAGGCCAUCAUCUUCACUCUCACUUGGUAGUUCUGAUGAAGUCGAGCGUCAAGACUCGCCGAUCACAUCAAUUGACGAAGAUCCCAAAUCGCGCUUGCAGACCACGACUCGGAAGGUGUCUGGCAAAGUUCAAGAACUUGUAGGAUUGUUCGAUGACUUAGCGAAGGCUGUCACGGAGGAGCCGUCACCACCGAGACUUGACGCCCCAAGCAGAGGAAGUCGAGUGAGGUCACCAAGUCAGAGCCGAGGCGCAGGAACCGAAGACGAUGCGGAUUUUGGCGACUUUGAAGAUGCAAGGAGCGAAUAUAGCAAACCAGCAUCUGCUAUAAAUGCUUCCACUCCAUCUGGAAGAUCACCGACACCGAAAGCUCAAGUCGAGGAUACGGCCACCCAAAAUCAAGAAGAUAAAUCCAUUGAACACGAAAACGAGGCACUACGAGCAGCUUCAGCUGAGAUUCAGAAAAUUAUUGAGAAAUUUGGCCCUAUUCGUUUUGAUGUGGAUUUCCAAUCAAUCGACAAAAUUUUUCCCGAUCUUCCUCAAGAUACGGACGAGAAAACAGGCGAAACCAGUGAAGUCCCCGAUCGGAUCAUUCAAGACAAUUUCACAACAAUAUCAGAGCGCAAAACAUGGUAUCGAAUUUCUCGGUUUGGGUCGAUGCGCAAACAUGACUCAGGUGAUGAGGAUAACUAUCAUAGGGUAGAGUGGUCUAAAUCUCAUUUACACAGCGAUACUAUAAAGAUCGUCCGAAGGUGGAUGGAGGAAGACUCAAUUGCUGGUCGAGCAACUGUAGGAGCUGGGACACGAACGAGUGUCUUUAAUUGGGACUCUUCUUCGGCAGCUCCUGUGGACUUGGCCAAAGUAUUUGCUCGGAAAGCAUCUGUCACGCAUUCACGAGAUAGUUCCAAUGCGCCUCAAAUUCAAAGUCCAGUACAGUCCGUACACUCCACAGGGUCUAGCUUUGAAGCAAGGAGGUCAAUCAAAAGUCCAAUACUGCCCCCAUCUGGAACACCUAUCCAGAAGGCGACCACCAACGCCGGCUUCCGUUGGAGCUCGGAUAGCAUUAGGUCACCUCUGGCGCUUCCUAUCAAAGAAGAAAAGACCGAACAUGCAGCACCAAAAAGUCAAACAGUACCAACUGCCAUCAAUGCCGAGACCAGAAGGAGCGAUACAGUUCAAACGCCCCUACAAAUAAACCACACUGAAGUUAUUCUAGAUGACGAAGAUGAUGACUGGGGAGAGAUGGUGUCAUCUCCCCGAGUAGAUGUUCCUCCCGGUCCUGCUCUCACAACACAGCCUUUAAAUAAUAUGAAUGGCAACAGCUCAACAAUACCAACUGUCCCUACCAACGACAUACUGGAGGCGAACACAAAGACCGCGGCAGUCGCGCAAAGCAACGGUUCGGCACCCAAGUUAUCAGUUUCGAUUCCACAGAUUAGUCAGGCACCGAAGCAAGUAUCUCAUCAAACAGGCACAUUAAGUGCAGCUCCAAGGGUAGAUCCGUGGCCUCUUGCAGAUUUCUCUAUUUUCGAGAGCCUAUCUGCUGGAACACCAAAGUCACUAAGGCAAGAUCCCUGGCCCCUUGCUGAUUUUUCAAUUUUCGAAUCACCAAAAUCGGGGUCGGCGUCGAAUUUGAUGAGUUCGCUCAAGUCUAAACCGAAGCCCUCUUCGAAGCCCCGCGAGAGUCAAAGUGUUCGGGCAAGCAUAGAUCAAAUAGUAGAAACCCCGACUCCAUUAAAAGCCGUGCUUGGUCCGAUUCAGAGUUCAGAUUCAGAGCGAGAACAAAACGCUAUUGUUAAGGGUAUCAUACAAAACCUCCCAGACUUGUCAUACAUGCUGCGUUAGCUCGCUCCCGCAUGAAUUGGUUAUAUUGGCUAUAUAAGUUGAUAAUAGUUACGGUUGAUGAAGUAAGAUACGUUGGCCUUGGAUUUGCAAGAGCCUUGUAGUUGGAGUA